CAGAGAGAGAGAGAAAAAGAAUACCAAUACAGCGUCUUACGGUUCUAAGUGCUGAAAAUUCAAAAUGGGCAAAGUGUUGCGUGAGUUGUGGGCAUUUCGACAGACUUUCGUGGUGAUAUUAACCCCAUUGUUGCUGCUGCCAUUACCAAUCGUGGUGCCUGGAAAGGAGGCCAAAGGCGCAUAUGGUUUACUAGUGAUGGCCAUCUACUGGGUAACGGAGACUAUCCCCCUUCCGGUAACCGCACUUCUUCCCAUGGUUAUCUUCCCUUUGCUGGGAGUUGCCGAAGCGAAGGACCUCAGCAGAGAGUACCUCAAGGAUACGAACAUGCUGUUUGUUGGGGGCCUAAUGGUAGCUGUGGCAGUGGAGAAGUGGAACCUUCAUAAGCGAAUCGCUCUCAGGGUGUUGCUGCUGGUGGGGGCCGAGCCCAAGUGGCUAAUGAUUGGAUUUAUGGUGCCCACAGCCUUCCUAUCCAUGUGGAUCAGCAAUACGGCCACCACCGCCAUGAUGGUGCCUAUUGCCCAGGCCGUCAUAGAGCAGCUAGUCCGUACCAGGGAGAGCAGCUACAAGAACAUGAAUGCUGGUAAAAAGUCUGAAAAAGAAAUGAAAGGUUCAGACGGUGCUAUCGUGUUGUCCAAUCCUAACGCUGAAGAUGACGACAAGGGAGAUAAGCCAGUGGUUUACAUUGAGAUGUCAAACCACGAAAAAAAUACGAUGCCCGAGAACAAUUCCAAGAGCUAUGAUGUCACUGAUACUGGUGCAGAUAUCAGCAAGGCUCAGAAAGAGGAACUGAGCAAGAUGCGGAAAGGAGUGACCCUGUGCGUGGCCUAUGCAGCCACGUGCGGGGGCGUGUCUACUCUGACGGGCACAGGGCCAAAUCUGGUGGCUAAAGGCGUCACAGAUACGAUGUUUGACGAAAAGGCUGGUAUAAACUUUACCAGUUGGUUUGUUUUCGCGUUUCCCUGUUCUGUACUGGCACUGUUCGUCACGUACCUCUGGCUGCAGAUUCAUUUCCUCGGUUUCAGGAAUUCCAUAUUUGUGUGUAAGAAGAAGACAGAAUUAUCGAUCAGGGAAGCAAAAUCAACCAGAAUAGUUCUCAACAAAGAGCUGGAGGAACUGGGGCCAAUUAGUUUUGCUGAAAUCAUGGUGUCCUUACACUUUGCGGCGUUAGCUUUACUAUGGCUUACUCGGGAGUCAGAUUUCUUCAAUGGCUGGGGGACGUACAUUCCAGGAGAGGCAGCCUCGGAUUCAACACCCGCCAUUUUGUUGUGCGUGUCUCUGUUCAUAUUCCCCUCGACCCGCCCAAAUUUCUUCUGUUGCCGGUUCAGUAAUGACGAUUCACCACCUGGCCCACGCCCAGCUCUGUUAGACUGGCACACUGUUACCCAUAAGUUCUCCUGGGGUAUCGUCUUGCUCCUGGGGGGAGGUUUUGCUUUGGCUAAAGCAUGUCAGAGUUCUGGUCUCUCCGAAUUGCUAGCCAGUGAACUGACUGUGUUUAAAGGCAUUCCACCCUGGGCCAUUUGUAUCAUCGUCACGAUCAUGAUCGCCGCCAUUACGGAAGUCACGAGUAACGUUGCCAUAGCAACCAUCUUCCUGCCAAUUCUCGGACAGCUGAGUGUUGGUAUCGGUGUUCACCCGCUAUAUCUGGUAAUACCCGGAUGUAUUGCGUCCUCAUUCGCCUUUAUGUUGCCAGUGGCAACGCCACCGAACGCAAUUGUGUUUUCCUACGGAGCCAUUCGUGUGGUGGACAUGGCGAAGGCUGGCAUUGUAUUGAACUUGAUGUGUAUUGGCAUCGUCAACCUCGGCAUCAACACCUGGGGGCGGGCAUACUUCAAACUGGACACCUUCCCGGACUGGGCAAACACCACAGUCGGUCUCCACGAAGAAGUUAUCGUCAAGUGCGUCAACGAAACGAUAAUGUCAUGAAUUGAACGAAAUCGUCUCUAUAUUUAAAAUAUCUGGCCCGUGUAAAUCGGUACAGCAUUGAUACACUGUAAAAAACCCAAAAUGUGUUUUAGGUGACACUGUUAAAUCGGUGUCACCGAUUGUUCUCUCUGCUUUAUCAUCAAAUGUAUCGGGUAUAUGUCUAAUGGUUCCACAGUUAGCGCCACCCUUGCAUGUCUUGUGGUCGAUGGCUAAUGGCGUCUUGUAUAAAUUCUCUGCCAGACCCUUGUUAGGUAUACAGUAGCGUCAGGGCUGGAUCAAAGACACGUAUGUCUCACCUUUAAACGUUUGCUGCAUAUGUAAACCAAAAAAAAGUUUUGAAACAUUAACAUUUGUUC